AUGCCACACGCUUCACUAACUCAAUCAACGACUUCAUCUUCGACACUACUUGAACAUGUGUACAUCAAACAAGGUCCGAAACCUCUGGCAAAGAUCGCCGAAAUGAUCCAUUUAUCUUCGAGUCUAAAGAUCAACCUCGUAGAACCAGUACUUUUCAUGCGCGGUAACCCGCAAGAAUCCUUGGGUUGUUUCUUGAGAGGAGAAUUGUGCUUUAACUUGUCGAAGCCAACAAAAAUCAAGAAAAUCGAAAUGAAGUUUAUUGGUAAACUGAAAACUUUUUGGCCCGAAGGAAAAAUUUCUCAUGAUGUAAAUUCAAAUCGCAAUAACCUAUGCGAGAAACGCGAAAUAAUAACUCACAAUUGGACUUUUCUUGCACCUAUCUUAUCUGGUUGUCACAUACUACCUACCGGCACUUGCCACUAUCCAUUUGAACUUUUCCUACCCGGUGAUAUUCCCGAAACGAUAGAAGCCAGUCGAGGGUCUGUCACCUAUAAACUAGUAGCCAGUGUUAUUCGUCAAGGAUUCUCGCCGAAUAUAAAUACCACUCAAUAUAUACCUAUCGUAAGAACCCCAUUGAACGAACAAAAUCCCGAAGGAAUAUCAGUGUCCAGUAUUAAAGGAAGUUUAAACUAUGAGAUUAGCAUACCAAAGCGAGCAUAUGCAUUAGGUGACGCGAUGGAGAUUGAUUUGAAAUUGCGACCAACAACAAGAAAUAUACGUGUUGUCGGAGCGAAAAUUCAGUUAACUGAGGAUGCCACGUACAAAGCUGGCACACAGAAAUAUCAAGAAGUUAAAUCACUGAAUUCGUUGCAAGUUAAAGGUCAUGAGGGACAACGAUCACCCUUCGAAUGGAGAGAUGAUGAAUAUUUCAUCAUCUCGGAACCAGAUCCUUUCCAAAUUUCCGAAGAGGAAG